UCCUCAAAUGAUGUAUGUCGAUCGACAUUCAUUUACCUUAAAAGGGUUUGUUCUACCGGUAUAGCACUGGCUCCUGUCGAACGUCUAUCCCUGCUAGCAGCCAUGGCAUAUGCUGAUCACCCUGCACGUCUUCGGGGUACACUUCGUCAUUGUGUAGCAUUUGACGGCCUUUCAUGCAAGCGCAGAACGCUGCUCCGAUUCAGACAGCUCUUACGGUCAUUCGACAGGCCAUUAUCCGACUGUACCACCGGUACACGUGCAAAACAGGCGAAAGCCAUGGCCCCAAUCAUAGGGCCGAAGCGACUCGUCGGCAAACGACCCUUUCCCCGACAAAGUGGCUACUGCUAUUAAAGAAAACCCCAGAUCCCCCCGUUCUGUGGCUUUUCCUCCCGGGGUAACUCUUCGUAUACGGAGCAACAGUGCGUUCAGACUUACUCGGCGCCAUGGAGAAAACAAUCCUAGAAAAGCAAGAGCAAUAUGUCGAACCUGGAGAUCCAGUCCAUCUAGAGAAGUCUGGACUUGGCGACCAUGCAGGUCUCGACGAUUCCAAUCUACCUCGAUAUGACGACAAGGAGACGAAACGUAUCCUACGCAAGGUCGACUACCGACUACUGCCUAUGCUGACGGUGCUGUACGUCCUCGCUUUCCUGGACCGAGGAAACAUUGGAAAUGCCAAAGUCGCCGGCAUGAACAAAGACCUGAACCUCACCGGAACCCAAUAUAACAUAGCACUGACGGUCUUUUUUCUUCCCUACGGCUGUCUAGAAAUUCCAAGCAAUGUCAUUUUGAAACUGAUACGACCGUCGCUGUGGAUCAUGAUCAUGAUGCUCUCCUGGGGACUGGUCAUGACCCUGCAAGGUAUUGUUCAGAAUUACCACGGCCUCAUCAUCACCAGAACACUCCUGGGAGUCACCGAGUCCGGCUUCUUUCCUGCUGCGACGUACUUGCUUACAACAUGGUACUGUCGCUUCGAAGUCCAAACACGUCUAUCAAUAUUCUUCUCUGCAGCGUCAUUGGCUGGCGCAUUUUCCGGCUUGUUGGCGUUCGCUAUCGAAAAGAUGGAUGGCAUCGCUGGUCUCGGCGGCUGGCGUUGGAUCUUCAUCCUCGAAGGCAUGGCCACCGUCGUGGUCGGGUGCUCCCUGUACUGGACGCUCCCGGACUCGCCUCAAACGGCGAGCUUCCUCACCCCAGCCGAACGGGACUUUAUCAUCCGCCGCCUCAGACAGGACGCAGGCACAUCGGCCGGCCAAGUUCGCACCGACGAUGGUUUCCAGUGGAGAUACCUCCGCGCCGCCUUGUCUGACUGGAAGAUCUACCUGGCCGUCAUCAUCUACUGGGGCAACAGCAUCUGUUUGUACGGCUUCACGUACUCUGCGCCCACCAUCAUCCUCGAGCUUGGUUACACGGCCGCAAAUGCCCAACUGCUCACGAUCCCCAUCUACCUCGUCGGGGUGGCCAGCACGAUAUUCUUUUCGGUGCUCGCCGACAGACACCAGACGCGCUGGCCUUUCAUCGUUGGUCCUUACAGCGUUGCGUUGCUCGGAUUUGUCGGCCUGCUUUCGAUCCCGCAUCCAAAAUUACCCGGCUUGACGUACGCUUUACUCUUCACCAUCCCGGGCGGUGUCUACCCACCCUUGAUCGGAUGUUUGUCCUGGGUUGGCAACAACAUAGCACCUACGUGGAAGAGAGCCAUCGGUAUGGCCCUUCUGAUCAGUAUUGGAAAUCUCGGCGGCGCGGUCGGCUCCAAUAUCUUUCUGGCAAAACAAGCACCGCAUUACUGGCUUGGCUACGGGCUGGCACUCGGCAUGAUUGCGGCGGCUAUUAUUUCUACUUUCAUCCUCAGAAUCGCCUACGGUGUUCUCAACAAGAAGAGAGACCAGAUGAACGAGGAAGAAAUUCGAGCCAAGUAUACCGAAGAGGAGUUGCUUGACAUGGGGGACAAGUCACCUCUCUAUCGAUAUGUCAUUUAGACAGACUCAGAGAGAACCGAUGUUUUGUGAAAAGAAAUGAAAAAAUUGCGGUAUGUCUGAGGUGGAGGACCAAAAUCCACGACUGACG